CAAAUUCGUGAUUUCAAGACUUUGUGAGAACCCGGAUGGACGUGAUGGAUAUUGGCGAAUGUCCUCGAGGUAGACGUGUGCUGGGGUUUAUUAGGACAGGGGACCUCCCGAAUCUCGUCACACGGAGAACCGGCUCGGAAAACAUGAUUCCUCUCACGUAUCCUUAGCCACAAUGUCGGACGAUCUUGAGAACAGUAGCGAACUGCACGAUGUGGUCAUCAUCGGCGGUGGUCCUUGCGGCCUCGCAGUUGCUUGUCGGCUCAGCGAACACAUGCCCGCGGCAAGUUUUACAGACGAAGAACAUCAGCGAUACCACUGGAUACGAAAACACACCGGCAAGAUGAGCAUCAAGAACUACAAGACUCAUGCUGCGAUUCCUCCUCAACAGACGAUCAACGCUAAGCUGGACAUGGUGGUGCUAGAUACCAGCGGAGACCGAUGGAUGGCACGCUGGGAUACCUUGUUCGCGAGGUUUGGAAUCGAUCAUCUGCGAAGCCCCAUGUUCUUCCACUUCGACCCCCUCCAGAGAGACGGCUUAUUAGCAUACGCGCAUAUGAGUGGCAGAGGCAAUGAACUCAAGGAGAUCGGUGGCUGCGUUGGGAAAGAAGUGAGCAAACAUCAACGAAAGAAGAGGGAGAAGCUUCGUAGACAACCUGAUGUUCACCCCAACAUUGACGAGCGGGACCGCAACGACUACUUCGUGCCCUCGACGCGCUUGUUCGCUUCUCAUUGCGGAUGCCUCAUCGAUCGAUAUGCCCUCCGCGAGGAUGUCGUUCGACAGGAAGAAGUCUUGGAUAUUCGAUAUGACUACUUCGACCACAUACAUUCAACAGACAAGGUUUUUGCCAUACAGACCAACAAGGGUAUGCAUUAUUCCCGGACGGCGGUGCUGGCUGUCGGCCCCGCCAAUGGCCCAGAGAUACCUGGCAUGCUACCCGGUGAACCAACGGAUGCUAUAACACACGCCAUGCAGAUCACGGAGAUGCCAUCUCAGCGUGUCCGAAACAAGAUUGCUGCGAAAGCUACGACCAAUGUCUUGAUUGUCGGUGGCGGCUUGACAUCUGCACAAUUGGCCGACCUUGCUCUCCGUAGAGGGGUAACAAAAGUUUGGCUGAUAAUGCGCGGUCCGCUCAAGGUGAAGCCCUUCGACAUAGGCCUAGAAUGGGUUGGCAAGUUCCGCAACUUCGAGCAGGCCGCAUUCUGGUCCUCGGACACCGACGAAGAGCGCUGGGAGAAGUACAGGACCGCGAGGGGCGGAGGCAGCAUCACAAUGCCAUACAAGAAAAUAGUAGAACGACACGUUGCCAAGGGCAAGCUGGAACUGUGCCUCCAUACAACCCUAAGUAGCUAUCGGUGGGACAGCGCCUCGCAAACCUGGCACGUCGAGCUGUCGAGACCCGAACAAGACCAGAACCAGGACAUACCACCCUUUGAUCACAUCUAUUUCGCCAUAGGUAUCCAGACCGACUUCGAGACCCUGCCCUAUCUGAAGUCCCUGCAGGAGCAAUACCCCGUAAAGAACUGUGGCGGUUUUCCCUGCAUCACGGAGGAUAUGAAGUGGAGGGAUGACGUGCCGCUCUUCGUGGCGGGAAGACUGGCCGGUCUGCAGCUGGGGCCUGGGGCGCCGAACUUGAUCGGUGCGCGGAUUGGGGCGGAAAGGAUCGCGUGGUCCGUUCAGGAUCUCUUGGAUGAGAGUCGACCUGUGAGCAAGAAGGAUGGAGCUGACGAAAAGUUCAAUUAUCUUACGGGAAGGGGUAGUAUGUUUGAGGCGCUGACUGCUGUGGCCACGUAGAUGGUGUAUGUUCGUUGUCAUAGUCGAGGCCUAUUUGGGUAGCUGGGCUUGGUUUUCGCAGCGGAAUGAGGGUUGUUGUAAACUUGUUUAGUGGUUGCCAUCAGCGUGUUGGCUAUUUUAUGGACCUUCGGUGCAUCAUGUAGGGU